AUGUUGUUACGAAAUUAUAAAGUAGAAGAUGAAGAUAUAAUGCAGCACUCUUCAGGAGAAAACCUAAAUGUUUAUCCAGGACUUCACAGUACAGAAUUAUCAUAUAAUGGCGAACCUUUUCCUGAACAAUUGCACGUUGUUAUCACAGGUACAGCUCAGAAAGGUGGUAAAAGACUUCAGUGUGGUAAACAGUUCACAAAAAGCUUGGACCUUUCUACACAAAAAAGAACUCACACAGAGGAGAAGCCAUACUCCUGUUCAGAAUGUGGGAAGUGCUUUACAUAUAAAUCUAAUUUUAUUAUUCAUGAGAGAAUUCACACAGGAGAGAAACCAUAUCCAUGUUCAUACUGUGUGAAAUGUUUUACACAGAAAUCAGAUCUUGUUAAACAUGAGAGACGUCACACAGGAGAGAAGCUGUUUUCAUGUUCAGAAUGUGGAAAUACUUUUAUACAAAAAUCAGAUCUUGUUAACCAUGAGAGAAUUCACACAGGAGAGAAACCAUAUUCAUGUUCAGAAUGUAAAAAAUGUUUUACACUGAAAUCAAGUCUUGUUAAACAUCAGAGAUUUCACACAGGAGACAAACCAUAUUCAUGUUCAGAAUGCGGGAAGUGUUUUAUACAGAAAUCACAUCUUAUUACACAUGAGAGAAGCCACACAGGAGAGAAGCCAUAUUCAUGUUCAGAAUGUGGAAAAUGUUUUACACAAAAAUCAGAUCUUGUUAAUCAUCAUAGAUUUCACACAGGAGACAAACCAUAUUCAUGUUCAGAAUGCGGGAAGUGUUUUAUACAGAAAUCACAUCUUAUUACACAUGAGAGAAGUCACACAGGAGAGAAGCCAUAUUCAUGUUCAGAAUGUGGGAAAUGUUUUACACAGAAAUCUCAUCUUAUUACACAUCAGAGAAGUCACACAGGAGAAAGGUCAUAUUCAUGUUCAGAAUGUGGAAAAUGUUUUACACACAAAUCAGUCCUUGUUAAACAUCAUAGAUUUCACACAGGAGAGAAGCCAUAUUCAUGUUCAGAAUGUGGGAAAUGUUUUUCACAGAAAUCAGAUCUUGUUACACAUCAGAGAUUUCACACAGGAGACACACCAUAUUCGUGUUCAGAAUGUGGGAAAUGUUUUAAAAAUAAAUCACAUCUUGUUACACACGAGAGAAGUCACACAGGAGAGAAGCCGUAUUCAUGUUCAGAAUGUGGGGAAUUUUUUACACAGAAAGCACAUCUUAUUAUACAUGAGAGAAGACACACAGGAGAGAAGCCAUAUUCAUGUUCAGAAUGUGAAAAAUGUUUUACACAGAAAGUACAUCUUAUUACACAUAAGAGAAGCCACACAGGAGAGAAGCCAUAUUCAUGUUCAGAAUGUGGAAAAUGUUUUACGUACAAAUCAGCCCUUGUUAAACAUCAUAGAUUUCACACAGGCGACAAACCAUAUUCAUGUUAA